AUUUUUUUGACUUUUUAGUCCAAAUCCAAAACACAGACUUUCUUUCGAUUCUCUCUCUAAUUCUCUGUGUAUAUAAACAAUAAAAUCCACCACAAAUCUCUCACCGCUCAUCUGUAAUCUCUCUUUCUGUCUCUCCUCUUUUUAGUAAUCAUUGAAACAGAAUUGAAUCCCAUAAUACUAUUACUAGAAGCAAAAUCAAAUAUCUAAAGAACUAAAGGCAUAUGCUUCAUUGCCCUUAAUUUGCAUUUCAUAAAUCUCCUCUUCUUCAAGAUCUGCAUUCCCACUCUUCAGUUAAAGCAAUAAAUCUGUUAUCUGGAUUUGUAAUUACCGACUGCUGCAAUGACCAUGACCAAUGGUGAGGUUCACACAGUGAGUGCAAAUGGAGGCUUGACAAGUAACAAAUCUUUCAAAUUCUUUGUGGGUUAUGAUCCACGCGAAGAUAUUGCAUAUCAGGUCUGUCGCCAUUCCAUUUUGAAGCGAUCUUCAAUCCCUGUUGAGAUCAUCCCCAUUAUUCAGUCAGAACUUAGAAAGAAAAACCUUUAUUGGCGCGAAAGAGGCCAAUUGGAGAGCACCGAGUUCUCCUUCUCCCGUUUCUUGACCCCAUACUUGGCCAACUAUGAGGGUUGGGCAGUGUUUGUUGAUUGUGAUUUCCUCUACUUGGCUGACGUUAAGGAAUUGAGGGAUUUGAUUGAUGAUAAAUAUGCUAUUAUGUGUGUGCAACAUGACUAUACACCAAAAGAGACCACGAAAAUGGAUGGAGCAGUACAAACUGUGUAUCCAAGGAAGAAUUGGUCUUCAAUGGUGUUGUACAAUUGCGGCCAUCCCAAGAACAAGGUCUUGACACCUGAGGUUGUGAACGCACAAACCGGAGCUUUUCUCCAUCGGUUUCAGUGGCUUGAGGAUGAAGACAUUGGCUCAAUCCCAUUUGUUUGGAAUUUUCUUGAGGGCCAUAACAAGGUUGUGGAAGGGGACGCCACAACAUUUCCUAAAGCCAUACAUUAUACUCGCGGAGGCCCAUGGUUUGAAGCAUGGAAGAACUGUGAGUUUGCAGACUUGUGGCUGAAGGAGAUGGAGGAGUACAUGAAUGAGGAAAACAAAGUUGCUGAAAAUUAGACGGAAUCAAGCUUCAACUGGUAGAGUAUUAUAAUCAUAGUUGAAUUAGCAAAGCUUAUUUUCUUACGUCCGGUUCAUCUAUUCUUUAAGCCUGAAUUCGUUGUGUAUCCUAGAAUACUGAUGCCUCACUACAAAGCUAUGUAUUUCCUUUCAAAAGUCACCACAUAGGCAGCAUGUCUGGCAUAUAAAUGCCUCAGAGAAUAUCAUAUCUCAUUGUUUAUUUGUUCAUCACCUCAUUAGAGGUGCAACCACUGGAAUAUUAUGUUAGUAUUUAUUGUGCA